AUGCGGUAUGUUCUGAUAUUUGCGAUUAUUGAAAUCACUACUUGUUUUUAUCAAAAUGAAUCACUGUACGUUCCGGAAUGGAACAAUUUCUUGGAGAAUCAAGUUAAACUGAUCAAGGAUGUUUUUACAAACUAUGACAACACUCUCUCACCUGUUUAUACAAAAAUUGACCCCACACAACCAAUAGGAUAUAAUCCACUAGCACCGAAACGAUUCAAUUAUACUGUUAGUUUAUACUAUCUGAAAUUAGUGGAAGUGAUAGAGCCGGAAGAAAAAGUCUCGGUAGUUUUGGAAAUGGCAGAGUAUUGGUAUGAUCCUCGGAUAGCUUGGGAUUCUAGUUUAUACGGUGAUAUAAAAAUGCUUCACAUGCGACAAGAUAAAGUUUGGAGUCCCACAUUAAGUUUGUUUCGGAUAAAUGAUAUUGCGGAUUUUCGUGACCCGGAUUUCCGUAUGGUAUGCGUGGAGAAUACUGGUCAUACCUACACUACACUUUCAGUCAAAAUAUCACUGAAUUGCCCACUAGAUGUUUCAAUGUUUCCCUAUGAUUCUCAAACGUGCCGUAUUCAAUUUAAUAUGCCAUUGUUCUUUAUGCAACAAGUAGAAAUGUUCAGCCAAAUUUAUGAGGGGAUAUUAAAUUCAACAGUAUGGGAAAAAAUGGGAAACUCUGAAUGGGAAUUGGCAAACUUGACGCAUUCCGUAGAGCUAUUGAGUUACGGCGAUGGACUUGGAGAUAUGCAGCUGGCAACAUUUGAAAUCCGAAUCAGAAGGAACCCUAUGUAUUAUAUUUAUAUGAUUAUAUUUCCAUCUUUCAUUAUCAAUGCACUGUCAAUUAUUGGAGUUUUCUUGAAAAAAACCGACAAAAUGUCAAAGCUCAAUGUUGGUCUCACAAACAUCAUGACCAUGACUUUUAUCCUUGGAGUAAUGGCUGAUAAAAUUCCAAAAACCGGUUCAAUUCCUUUACUUGGAAUUUAUAUUAUUGUUAACUUGUUUAUUAUGAUUGUUGCUGUUGGACUGACAAUAGUACUUGCUGAAAUCCAGAAGUGCGCAAUUCCAAAGUUACGGAAAAAUAAAAGUAAAAUGAACCAAAAAUUGGAAUACGUGCUGGGUGAGCCACUGGAAACAAUUUGCAUGGUAAUCUUAGAGAUUUUCAACACUGCAAUUUUUAUGGUAAUGAUCGGUUUUUGGAUAAAUGAUAUAUAA